UACUGAUCACAGAGGGGCAGAGUAAACACGUCGGCUAUUAAGCAGAAGCUGGAGUGUUGUUGGAUGCCUGCUGGCAGCACAUCGUUGCAUGUGUGCCGUGUUCUAGUGAGAGGACUGGAACUGUUGACCGUCGCUGAGCCCAGUGUAAACCUCCCUCCCUCCCUGUCGUGUCCAGCUGAGCCCGGUCCACACGAGACCCUCCUGCACUUUGCGGCUCGGCGCGGGCUGCGGAAGGUGGCCUUGUUCCUGCUCCAGCAGCCAGGAGGUAGAGAGGCUCUCAGACUGCCCAACAAGCAGGGCUCUACACCAGUCAGCGUGGCAGAGAAGAGGGGCCACGACCAGCUACAGCAGCUCUUCACUGGGGUUGAGACCUCGCCGGACACCCGGAUAAAGGCAGAGGAGAGGCAGUGUUACCCAGGAGGCCGAGCGCUGCAGCACCACCCUAGACUGAACACCUACACCCUGACGGUGGACACGGUGCCAGGGAAAACUCCGCCCAGCCUGCAGGGAGAGGUGGAGGAGCUACAGAAACUCAUCCGCUCACACAGAGACAACAAGGGAGAUCAUGUGUUCCAGCAGCAGUCACCAGACGAGCUAAACAGUACAGCAGGAUCCAGCGACAUCAGCAACACGUCAGCGCACACAGCUUUACACCCCCAACACAGCCAUGCCCACCUCGCGGGAGGGGCGUGGCCUUGUCCGAACGGCCAGCCAGAGGAAGGGGAGGCGGGCCCUGCUCAGGCAGCAGUAAAGGACUCUGUGAAGGCGUUAGAUAAAAGAAGUGAAGCUGCAGCACAGCGGCGGAAGAGGGAGGGUGAGACUCAAGCUUUCAGCACACCGUCCUGUGGAAACCAGCAGGAGGAAGCUGAUAGAGAGAGGACAGGCGUAAUCACUGCCAGGCAGAGCAGCAAGGCAGGGCGCCGUAAAAGGAACAAGGAAGAGAGAGAGAAGAGGAGAGCAGAGACUGAGACGGGCGAUAAGGCUGCUGCUUUUCCGACGACGGUUACGCCAGCCAUGGGCCACGCACAGUCCCAGGAACACCCGGAACACCCGGAAGCCAAGCAUUGGCCCCUGGAGACUGGGGAGAGGAGUACAGGCAAUAGCAGUAGCAGCUGUGGGGACACGAGUGCUCAAAAGACUAUGGAAAGGCAGGGGGAGCCUGACAACAUCGAGGAGAUGGAUUGUAGAGCACCCUGGGCUCAGAUAGUGGCUGGGACUCCUGUGGAGAACGGGCAGCACGGCGGACAUGGCGGCGAGCUGGAGGUGGAGUACGCGGAAGCCGCCUCUGAAUGUACUCUGCAGACAAUGACAGGAGCUGUGAGCCGCUAUCAGGCACAGGCUGCACAGUCACAAGACCCCGAACAAAGACAGGAAAUCACCACAGCGCUGACGAGUUAUUCUGAGGAGCAUGAUUUGGCCAAUAACAGGAGCCAGACCCGGGGGUCUGAGACUGAAAGAGGUGGUGAUUGUGGCGGUACACACGAGAGAAAGAGAGAGGCAGGAAACCCCGGCCAACAGGCUAACUGUAGCACUGAGUCAGCCAGCAGCCGAAGUGGAGAGACUGACACAAACAGCAUGAAGCAGAGCCCCAGUAUGACAGAGGGAGAAAGCGAGAGCAGCCGUUCACACGGACCCAGUAGCGUUACAGCACCAGAGCCCAGUGAGCAGGUCCUGGAUCAGACGGCGGAGGGCACAGUGGAGGUAGUGGUACCACCACCACAGCAUAACCAGGACGGUGCCCACAGCCAGGGCCACGAGGCUGGGCAGGAAUGGGAGGAACAGGCGUCCACCGACUCAGCCAGAAGGACAGCUGAGGUUGUAGAGAGGCCGAGCGUAGAGAAGUGGACCAUGGGGCCACAACACUCUGAUGAUGUCACAGACCUCACACCCUCUUGUGAGGAGGAGGAACUCGUCCAGUCGGAUAGUUGCUCCGCAGACAAACUGUCUGAAGAGGGGACAGUCACAGGAGAGGAGACCCCUGCAAAGAAGAAGGUGUCUGUACAGUGGGCAUCGUUAGAAGAGGCAGACUCUCUGCCGUGUAGGGAGGAGAUAGCAGCUACAGCUGUAGCAGUGGUGGCCAUAGCAGUAGCAGCUGCUGUAGCAAACAUAGAACAAGGCAACUCCAACUCAAUGCUGGAGGCAAGCCGUGUACCGGAGGCUGUUGACAGCCAGAGUGAGCAUCAGACUGGACCCAAAGACACUGCACCAAGGUCAGCGGUCACUGUGUCUGAGGCCACUGAGACCCUUACCUUGGACGGGGGUCCUAUUGUCUCACCUGGAGAGUUACAGGGGGAUGUGAUGGACAAGAACCCCUCAAAGGGAGAGGAUGAGCCUCAUCUUCUACAAGGAGAGGAGAGCAGUGACCUAUCCGAAGCCAGACCUGGGAAUGAGAAUGAAGUUGAGGCCAGACUAGCAGGCCUGAGUCUGACCCAGGGAGAGAGUGUAGAAGCCAGCAGAGAGUGUGGAGACUCCCACCCUCAGACAGACAUGUUGUUACAUGAUGAAAGGGCUGUGGACAGACAGAGCGAUGAGGUCAUCACAUCCUCCUCCACUAUCUCCCCAGAGAGAUCCUCAGAGCUGACACAUCAGGAGGCUAUUCCAGAGAGACCGGCCACACCUGCAGAUUUACAUACAGCCAGUGACUCUGACAGUGGUACGGCCCAGAGUCCAGAGCUGACUUCCCUCUCGGAGCUAGACAGUAAAACAGGCCCGGGUGAGGAGAAGCACAGCUUCUCAGUGGAAGUAGACGGUGGAUUGUCCUUGGGCCUGCAGUCCCCAGACACACUGGCCAGCCUGGAUGGAGUGAGUGAGAGAAUGCUGGAUACUAAAGUGGAGUGUUCUGAAGCUUUGAGACCACUUGACAAUUCUGUGAAAGACAAAGACACGGUCUGUCCAGCCCAGGGAGAAGAGAAGGGAAAGAAGGAAUCUCUCGAAUACACGGAAGACUCUACACUGAUCCACAGAGAGAAGGAGACAUUCUACCCUGUCCAGCCCUGCACUGAUCCUACAUUACAGGUGAAGACCACCAUAACAGAAUCCACAGAAUUCCCUGUGUCCCCGUGCUCUGAGAGCUCUGAGAGUGUUGGAGGCUCUUUGUCGACCACUGGUGCCCUGAGAGACUCAAUCAGUGAUGUGGACAGUCUGGGAGAGGACAGUGUCUUCAGAAAGGCUGUGGAUGGGCCAAGGGAUAGCACCAGCGGGGUGUCAGUGUCCUUCUCCUCCAUCGACGACGUGGCCAGUGUGGGUCCCCUCAGUGCCAGCUCUCAGGGCAGUGUAGGUCCCCUAAGUGUCUCCUCCCUGGGCAGCGUGGGCCCUCCUUGGGCCGUGGCGGGGGCGGUGGGAACUCGGACCAGCUGGAGCUCUGGAGACACCUGGCAGACGACAGGGAAGGGAGGAGAGGAGGAGGAGAGGAAAGACAAGCUGACAGAGGUGCCUGUAUGCUCUGCCGUCAUGCGCCCGUGUAUCCGUUCGCUCUCUCCGUUCCGCCGGCACAGCUGGGGCCCGGGGAAGAAUCCUGAAGGAGAAACGGAUGUGAACCAACGCAGUUCGUUGCGAAGUCAAGGGGAGGGGAAGCCUCGAAAGCCAACGUUUCAUAGGAGAAGUAUGAGCUGGUGUCCCUCCAACAUCCCCCCUCCUCACCCGGAACAGAUUGAUAGCAGAAGUUACAGUUUGGAGGGCCUGGCUGGAGAGGAGGAUGCUGGGAAGGCUUCCGCCAACGUGGGGAGCGCUGGACGUGUGACCCGCCUGGACAGUGAGGAGAGAGGCUCGCUUCUGUCCCUGACAGAGGAGCAGGAGUCAGACCUUGGCGACUACUGCAGCAGCCUCGACAGCCAGUUAUCAGGGAGAGUUAUGCCUGUGAGACGUCCCCUCAUACCUCACCAAGUGCUCACCAAGUCGGUGUCCAUGCUGGCCAUCAGUCACAGAGACCUGGACGGAUUGGGAUCCUACUCCAGCACCUCUGGAUCACUAGAGUACAGCAUCUCUGAGGAGGACCCGGGUCCCCUGCGGAGUUACACUGAGGGGAGACAAGGGACCAAGGUCAGCCGCACUUUCAGUUACCUCAAGAGCAAAAUGAGUACUAAGAAGAACAAGGAGAAAGACAAAGAUAAGGGUCAGGGUAAGGAGAAAGACACCAAGGAGAAGAAGACCCUAAACGGCCAUCUCUUCAGCUCUGUGAACCCAGCCCCCUCCACAACCUGCCACCAGUGCAACAAACCCAUCAACACUAAAGAAGCGUUCCUCUGUACCAACUGCAAUGCACAGGUCCAUAAGGGCUGCAGAGACAGUCUUCCUGUGUGUGUCCAGGUCAAAAUGAAGCAGCAGAAGCAGCAGACCGUGGUAGAUUCUGCGUCCGUGUCCGGAGUCAUGUUGAGAAGUAAAUCCACGUCGGCGGCGUCUCGGGAGCGUCCGUGGUCUGCCAUCUCGCCCCCUGACGACCAGGCCAUGGUCAUGGUGGCGCCGGUGGUGCCUCGCAGGAAUACCAGCAUCCUCUCCAGCAACCUGUCCAAGAGCAUCUCCAUCAGCAACAUCGCAGGGCCAUUGAUGGACGAGAUGCCUCUGAAGGGCCUGAAGUACCUGUCCCAGUCCACAGACUCACUACACAAGAUCUCCAAGGUCAACGAGUCCACUGAGUCUCUCACCGAUGAAGGGACUGAAAUGAUGGACAGCCAGCUGAUGGGGGAGUUUGAGGCGGAGUCUAAGGAUCUGGAGGCGGACUCCUGGACCUUUACUGUGGACAAGAAGUAUGUGAAGGGGCUCAAGAAGGAGGUGGUCAAGAGACAGGACGUUAUCUACGAGCUGGUCCAGACAGAGAUGCACCACGUGCGAACGCUGAGGAUCAUGUCUGAGGUGUACAGUAAGGGCCUGCAGAAGGAGGUGCAACUGGAUACCCAGGUGGUGGAGCGAGUGUUCCCCAUGCUGGACGAGCUCCUGGAACUACACACACACUUCUUCGCACACCUCCUGGAACUCAAGCGGAAAUCCUCCAUCGAGGGCCGGGACGACGGUAGCUUCCUCAUCCGCAAGAUAGGAGACGUGCUCGUCUCACAGUUCUCAGGUCCCAAUGCCGACCGCAUGAAGAAAGUCUAUGGGAAAUUCUGCAGCCGCCACAACGAGGCGGUCAACUUCUAUAAGGAGCUUCACACCAAAGACAAACGCUUCCAAGCCUUUAUCAAGAAAAAGAUGAGCAGCACAAUCGUCCGAAGACUAGGCAUCCCAGAGUGCAUCUUGUUAGUGACACAGCGAAUAACCAAGUACCCUGUGUUACUACAGAGGAUACUGCAGCACACAAAAGAGAACGAGGAGGACCAUGACGAUAUAACCCAAGCUCUGAGGCUGGUGAAGGAGAUUCUAAAUGCAGUGGACAGCAAGGUGAACGAACACGACAAGAAGAAACGGUUAAAAGAGGUGUACAGUCGUACGGACAGCAAGUCCAUUCAGAGGAUGAAGAGCGGCCAGAUGUUUGCACGGGAGGACCUGGUGCGAGGCCGGCGGCUGCUGCAUGAUGGACCGCUGCAGCUCAAGAACUCUGCAGGCAGGCUAAAGGAUGUCCAGGCCAUGCUGCUGUCUGACGUGUUUGUGUUCCUCCAGGAGAAAGACCAGAAAUAUGUCUUUGCCUCACUGGACCAGCGGUCGACGGUGAUCUCCCUGCAGAAGCUGAUUGUGCGGGAGGUGGCUAACGAGGAGAGGGGUCUCUUCCUGAUCACAGCAGGCAUAGAGAAGCCAGAGAUGGUGGAGGUAUUGGCCAGCACCAAGGAGGAACGCAACACCUGGAUGCAGCUCAUACAGGACGCCAUGCACUCCAUAGAGAAGGAUGACGAUGAGGGAAUCCCCAGUGAGACAGAGGAAGACAAGAGACUGCUGGAGACCAAAGCGCGGGAGAUGAGAGAGCUGCUGAGGAAGAAGGACGAGCAGAUCGUGUGUCUGUUGGAGGAGAAGGUGAAGGUGUUCAGGGACAUGUGUGAGGGAGGCAGCGGCUCGGCGGAGACCAGCCCAGCCCAGUCCAUCAGGGCCAAGAUGCUGUUCAGAGCCACCCCAGACUACGUUACCAAGGGAGAGCCCAUCAUGAAGGAUGCCCUGAGGGAAGUGGAGACUCUCCAUGUGCUGGUGAAUGGCAGUCUGGGCGGGGCCGUGGGGCAGCAGGUGUCCAGUACCCAGGAUGCAUCAGGGGGCAGUGUGGGGCCGGUGUGUCUGCCUCGUCGCGCUGAGACCUUCGGAGGCUUCGACAGCCACCAGAUGAACAUCUCCAAGAACGGAGAGAAAGAAGAGGGGGAGGACUCAUUAGACCUUCGGAGGACUGAGUCAGACAGUGUGUUGAAGAAGGGGGGCAACAACAACCUACUGCUGCUGCUCAAGAGGAACAGUGAGCAGGUCCUCCAUAGUGUCACACAUCUCCAUGAUCUCCUCAACACGCUGCAGGCAGUGGUGGUUCAGCAGGACACCUUCAUCGAGGACCAGCGUCAUGCUCUGGCUGAGCGGCCAGCCUCCCGCCACUCCUCCACCUCUUCCCUGUCCUCCUCCUCCUCGCGGCCCAACUCCCUGAUCGAGCAGGAGAAGCAGCGCAGUCUGGAGAAGCAGAGGCAGGAGGUGGCCAACCUGCAGCGCCAGCAGGCAGCCCACGCCGACGAGAGAAGGAGGAGGGAGAGGGAGUGGGAGGUGAGGGAGUCGGGGCUGAGCGACAGGGAGGCGCAGGUGAAAGAGCAGGACGAGGAGACGUUGAGGAGGCGCGGGCAGCUGGAGGAGGAGAGGCAGGAGCUGCAGAAGAGGAAGGAGGAGUACCAGAAGGAUCUGGAGAGGCUGAGGGACGCCCAGAGGAAGUUGGACAGAGACAGGGAGACGCUGCGGCGGGAGGCCGAGAUGGUGGAGCAGAUGAAAAAGGCUGAGGCAGAGCAGGCACACAGGACCCAGCGGACGCCCUCCUCCACCUCAGAGGAGUCCAUGAAGUUCCAGAGUUCCACCUCUCUGGAUAAAGAGCCUGGAGGAGGGGAGGCAGAGCUGCCCUCCUCCUCCGCCACCAAAGACCCCUUCCUCAGGAUGGGCUCCAAGAGGAAAGGGAAGAACCUGAACCCCUUCUCCUCUUCCUCCAACGCCAGCUCUAAGGCCCAGAGCAGCACAGAGGGCCAGAACCAAAUCCCCAACCGCCUGAUGCAGCUGGCCAAGACCAAGGACAAGAAGGAGAAGAAGAAGAAGAAGGGGAAGGGACAGCAAUCACAGCCAGAUCCCCAGAACACUGGGGUCACAGAGCUUCAGGCCGAUGGAGAGAUCUUCUUCUGCUGAUUUCUUGGUCCUCCACUAUCCCACAAUGCCCCACACUCACAGCAUCACAGUGACUGCAUCAGCUGACUGCCCAGACGCUGUACUAGCGUGGGAAGAUAGAUAUGCACCCCAUUGACAUCCUGUACCCUACCGAAUGACCUGAAGGGGAUGGGCAUGGACAGGAAGUACGACAAGAGCAUUUCCUGUGACCUUUAUAGAGAAACAUGCAGACACUUCCCAGUUGCAAUUCUGAAGUGUCGAGGUGUGACUUUUGGAUGAACAGAAUUAGGAUUCUGCAAGUCUGAUGUGGCAUGGAUUGGCUUGCAUGGGUUGGUUGCCUUGGCUUUGAUAGUGUUCAGAUAUGAUUUGGACAGUUUCAGGAGUUAUACCAUGGCUAGAGGAAGUUUUAUCAUUCAUGAAGUAUACAGUAGCUAACAUUCAUUUUCUAUCUGAAGGGAAGACCUGCGGGUGCCGUGGGACCUGUUAUAGAAUGUUCUGCAUUUUGCAAAUUCAAGUAUACCCUAAUAGCCAAAAUGACAAAAGAGAGCAUACACACUAUUUAACAACUCCAGUUGAGUGAGUCAAGCUUAUACAAUGGUGUUUCUUGUCAUACUUGUCAAGGUAUUGCUUAACACUGGGCCCCAUAAUGCUUCAUUCCCGCCUGUAAGGAACUAGAGGCUAAUUUCUCCCAUCAACUCUACAUCAGAAGUUCUGCAAUGUAAUCACUCAAAUGGGUGGCAGGUAGCCUAGUGGUUAAGAGCAUUGGGCCAGUAACCGAAAAGUUGCUGGUUUGAAUCCCUGAGCUGCCUAGGUGAAAAAUCUGUUCUUUUUGCCCUUGUGCAAGGCACUUAACCCUAAUUGCUCCUGUAAGUUGCUCUGGAUAAGAGCGUCUGCUAAAUGACUAGAAGGUAACAUUUUAGAAGUUCUAAAGAAAAGCGACUCAAGGUCAGGGCAGAGGAAACAUGACUGACUCAGAGUUAUGAGAGGAGGAUGAAUGAGUCUGGGAGAAAUGGAAGACAAGCAAAGAGAAAGAAUAGCUUGUAGCAGAGGAGAGAAAGAUGAGCAUGUCUCAGAGAGAUAGAGAGAGCCAAAUGAGGAAGAGAGUCUGUGUAAGGGAGAUAAUUGUCCACUUUGCAAUUGAAUGUAAUGAUGAAAACUGUUUGUUACGGUUCCAGCAGACUGAAUGGGUAGAAGAAACAUUUGCGGUACUUGUUGUAUUCCUCCACUGCACACUUGAAUUUGUGAACCAUUUUAUUUGUCAAUCACUGCAAUGCAAUACUGGCACACACGGUUUGAAGGUGAUGAGCACUUUAGAUUAUAUUCACUCUGUUACAAGAGAAGAGACUUUCUCCUUGACAUUGAGUGACAAUCAUUCAAAUGACCCAGACUGAGUCGAAACUAAGGAAUAGCUAUCUUACAAGAAUGGACCGAAAUAAUGAUUUUCUUCCCCUAGUAAUAUUUGAAUGCUGAUAUUGGAAUAUAUUAAUCUAGACCUGACCAACCAUUCCCUUUGUUAAUCCCAUUGGAAUUACACUGAUAUAUCAGCCUGCAGGACAGGCUGUUCUUUUAUUAAAACCAAACCUUUACUCUGGACACAACCCCAUAUUUCCCCUGCAGUCUGCUCUUGUAUUGAUGGACUGUGGUGCCAUAAACUCUCUUGUGCCUCUCAAAUGGUCCAGAAUAAUUAAUGUCCCUGGAUUUUAUUCAUGGAUUUUUCCCCAUCCACGUUCCAGUUUCGGGUUUUGAUUCGUAUAACCAGAGCUGCAUAAAGUCUAAUAUUUCAGCAGAGAUAUGUUCUUUCUCUUUUCUGCCGAUGAGCAGAAUUGAAAGCGAAAGCACAGAAAGACCAUCCUCUCCUGACUGUAAAACUGAAAUAUGGUGCUGAUCACUAACUCAUAACUGUUCUGCUUACUUUUUUCUGCCUUGGCUAAUCUUGCCUUUUUUUGACCAUCACAUAGAGCUUUGUCAAUUUUCCCACCACUAUUCACUCUGUGGCAUUUGUCAUCUUGAUAUCUCACAACAAUGCCCCCUGGGCAUAUAUAUAAAACGUGAAUCACCACGUUAACAUGGUGUAUUAUGGCCUUGCUUAGUGAUUUUAGAAAAGUGAAAGCAUAGGAAGGGAUCAUUGGCAUUUUGAUUGAUUGGUUCAUUCACACACUGACUUGCAUUAAUAGACAGAUUCCACUUUUGACAGGUGUGAACGCACCUACAGUAGAUCCUACCCUACCACUUUAUAUUCCUCCAGGAAUAUAUGCUAAUUAUCCCGUCAACAUGAACUGUCAUGGCCGUCUAUGGUAUAGAAGUUGAGCAGUGCUACAGUAGCUCUGAAAUGUUGUACAUGACGCAUUGUGUACAUGACGCAAAUGCAAAGAUAUUAUGCUCAAAUUGAAAUGCACUAUUAACCAGCAUCUGUGAGGGGUUGGAGUGUGUUUGACAGUGAUACUGUAAACCAGUGCUUUUAAGGUCAUAUGUUGUUUGUACUAAAAAGGUACAAUUUUUAUUUUCUUGCUGAAUUCCAUGUAAAAAAUAAAAUAAAAAAAAGGGCAAAGCAACAAUUAUGUAAAUAUGUGUCAUGUACAAAUUAAACUUUUAAAGUAUUGAUUGUGGAUUUUUGGAUCAAUUUAAGCUUUUUAUAAUGAGGCUUUAUUUAUCAGUGUCCUCCCUGUUUUGGAGGCAUAAAAUGUACAUUCAUUUUCCCCUUAAUAAAUAACUAUUAUUGUUUGUCAACUGA